GCGACCCGGCCGUGCUCCGCCAGCGCUGCGGGUCUCCCCUUCCUUCAGCCCCCAUGCGCUCCUGGGAGAGUACAUGGCUUCCGUAUAGCUGGCUCGUACAGUGCUGUUUGUGGUAAAGCUACUUCAGCGCGUUAACCGUUUAGCGCAGCAACGCUCUCUGCCCCCUGUGCCUUCAGCGGGGAGGAUACUGCCUCUCGCUGAGACCUGUGAGGUCGUGAGAAGUCGUCGGCUCCUGGUUUUAAGUGCCCUGAGAGAGGGGGUUUGGAUGGAAGGCCGGCAGGUUGGCCAUCUCUGAUCCAAGUAGGCCCUUCGGCUUGCUAAAGGAAAGGAUUCUUGGGAGGUAAACCUGCUCCGGCUGGAGACCAGAUACACGGGCUACUCGUGGUCCUCGCCCACCAGAGAUGGGGACUCUUACAUACCAUACAGUGGAAGUUAUCUUCAUGCAUGCCCUCUGGAUUCAUCUUCAGAUUGGAGAAUAUUACAAAACCCAUAUACACAGCAUUAUCAGGCUCAACAGCGUUCUGUUUUGGAGCAGAAGACAAUACCAGAAAAUCUGCUAUCCACAACAGACAGAUAUAAAGUGAAGUAUCAGCAGUAUGAAGCAGAUAUGAAGGAAGAAUAUAAGCAGUAUUCUCAGAGAACUGCAGAAAAGAAAAAUUACCUCCUCCAGUGUCCAGAAGCUUCAAUAAAGGGUACACAGCUUAAAGACGGACAUAAUGAUGAUCUUACAGCUCUUGAUGAGAAAGCUCUCCUGCAACAGUGCUAUACAAGCAAGCCCUAUAAGAUGAUGCACAGUAUAAGGAAAUCCGAAGCUGAGGAUGUUGCUGCAGAAAGGAGAAAACAGGCUGUGAUAGAACAAGUGAUGGUGGAUCAGUUAUCUAGAGCUGUUAUAAGUGAUCCAGAGCAGUCCAUGCCUGCUGAUGUUUACAAGGAAGCUCAAGGACUUCUUCGAACUGGGACAGCACCGAUGUGUCUUAGAAAGAGAACACUGCAUGAAACAAAAAUACGGACCAAAUCAGGAUUAACUGAAAACAUGCUCUCUAACAAGUUACGCUUUGACAGUAGGAUUAUAUCGAGAAAUGGUCGCGAUGCUUGUAGAGAGUUGAUUGGAUUUUUCUUUGCAUGUGACAGAUCCCUUACUGUGUAUGAAUUUCGGCAGUUUGGAAAAAAUAGAACAAAUGCCUUGCCUUUCAUUCAGAAGGGAGUUUAUCAGCAUCAGCGUGGACAAAAGAAGGAAAAAGCUUAUGAUCUUAGUGACUUCUAUAUUGGAGCUAACCUAACUUUCCGAAGUGCUGAUCAUAACCUUCCAGAAAGUGUUAAACAGAACCCAAUUUUCACCCUUCGUGUGAUAAGUAUUGAUGAAGCAGCUAUGGAUUCUCUAAAAGCUUCUAUGGAAUUCAAGCAAGAGUGUUCUCAGCAAGUCGUCGAUGACAGCAAAGUUUUCAAGAAGAUUCAAGGUAUACUCAGAGAGACACUAAGUAAAAGAGGAGUUCGGGUUAUAACAGGCAUAGGAAAGUAUUUCCGACAAGUAGACAAGAACAGAAAUGGUUUUCUCUCUCAGGCAGCCUUUAAAGAAGCUCUAAAACUAUUCCGUUUGGAAAUUCCUGAAGGGGACUUUGAAUCCCUAUGGCUUAUUCUUGAUGACAGCAAUAGUGAUAAAGUCGACUAUGGAGAAUUUACUCGUGCCGCAUUUGGAGAAAUGAAUGAAUACAGAAAAGCUUUUGUAAGAAAAGCUUAUAUGAAACUAGAUUUCAACAAAACUGGGAGUGUGCCUAUGGUAGAUAUCAGAAAAUGUUACUGUGCAAAGAAGCAUCCUCUAGUGUUGGCAGGCAAAGCUACAGAAGAAGAAAUUAAAUCAUCAUUUCUAGAAACAUUAGGGGAGUCCUGCAGCAACCCCAAUGAAGUGUCCUAUUCUGAGUUUGAAGAUUACUAUGAAGGAUUAAGCAUUGGAAUCGUGGAUGAUGAUGAUUUUGUUAAUAUCUUAAGGAACCCUUGGGGAAUUUAGAGUGGAAGAUGACAAAAGUGAAGAAGAGGCAUUUUUUAAAUAAGGAGUGAGCUAAAUAUGGGAGGAUUUAGUCUUGAUGUGCGUUUCUUCAUAAUUAGUGUCUUAAACUGAUUUCAGGCACUGAAAAUUUUAGCUGCUUUCAGAAUAAUAGAUGGCAAGUUUCUUAAAGUGUCCGUUGAGUCAUGCUAACCACUUUUGAAAUUUAUAAAUGCUGUUCAUUCCUUUUCAUUGGAAAUAAUGAAGACUGUUUCCCUACCAAAAGGCAUAAUUUACUUGAUACUAGAAUGAAGUGGCCUAUUUUUAAAUAAGGAGAAAUUAGAAUACUAAAAUUCAGGAAGGGGUAUAUGUAGGAAAAAAAAAUUAGUUCACAGUGAUGCACUGUGAAAAGCUUUAGAUUUAACUGUAUAAAUAUCAAUGGUGGUUUUUCUUUAAAAGUAAUAUGUUUACUCUUAUAGCAUACUUUGUCUCAUUUCUUGUUUCUUAUGCUGGUACUUAGCUUGAAAAAGAGCAGGUCAUCCUUUUCCAAUUUCGAGGAUGUCUGCAGUACUCAAAGGGCAGAAGUGUUGACACCGUUUAGCCCUUUGGCCUGUAGACCAUCUUGACCUUAUUUUUUCAUCUUUGUCAGGCAGCUGAAGCUCAGCAUUGAAUCCCAAAGGUUUCAGUGAGCACAUACAUAUUUUGUAAUGCACUUAUUCCUUUCCUAUAUUUCGCUAGUAGUUUUCAAAACAAAUAAUUUAUAUUUAAAUAUCUGGUUUCUCUAUUUUCUGUUGCUGUGAUUUUAGUUUUUUUAACUAAAACAUAGCAAUGAUAUCUGUUGUCAAACUGAUAUAUAGCAUUUCCUAUCUACUCUGAAAGUAUAAAACUCAAAAGUGUAAAAACAAAACCCCAAGCCUAACCAAACCAAAACAACCACCUCUGUCACAAGAAAAAGAAAAUCGUGAAUUAAAUAUUCCUUGCUACUUCAAAUAUUCAGUCAGAUGCAUUUUUCAAUGUAAUACAUCUCAUUAAUUCUGUAAAAUUCUUUGUGUUAAGACAUAAAAACUGUACUAUUAAUUAUGUAGAGAGAGAUAUAGAUGAUCUUUGGUUUCAAUAUAACUGUCACCAAAAUUAACUGUAAAUGGAACUGCAUUUCUUAAGCCUAUGCAAUUAAAAUGAAUUAGUAUCCUCUGUGCUUGUCUGCCUGGUUUUGAAUUUAUAGGCUGUGGUUAACAGAACCUUCCUCUUGAGACAGUAUUUGUGUUUCAUAGGAAUUUAAGGGCAGUGCUGAAGUGAAUGCUGAAAUGAGGGACUGUAUUCCCUCUGCGGGUGACUGGUUUAUUCUAGAUAGAGCUCUUGUUUCAAUAGCUUGUGUGUUGUUUUGAUUGUUUUUACCCUGUCCUCAGUUUUAAGUAGAAUUGCAGUUUCUGCUCUAAAUCCUCAAAGGAGGGAUUUGGGGGGUUCUUUUGGGGUUCCAAAAGUCUAUAUGUAUUGGUUUGCAGAGAAAGGCAAACUCUCUGUCCAUGCUUAUUUUAAGCAAGAAUUCUGAUGUGACUCAUUAAGAUUUUCUUGCUCCCCAUUCCUGCUGGAAUUUCUCUUGCUGAAAGGAUUUUGUUAAUUAGUGUUCCUGGAAUUGGUGAUUCUGAGAAGGGUAAUUUCAGCUGGGUUUACAGGGGGCUGCUUGUUAAUGUCUCUCCAAAUAACUGAAAAAUACCAAGUGCCAUUUUUAUUGUUUUUUUGAAGAAUCACCUGCUCUGUUUAGACUUGUUCUCUUAGGAGAGUUGUACCAACAUAUAAAGCUGUAGCCCAGUUUAAUAAAUGUGAAAGUGAUUGUGAAA